AUGACGAAUUCGAAUCCAUUCCAGAAUGCAUAUUUUGAGCGGUUGGUAGAUUUCCCCGUUGUAAUCUGCCGUCAAUGCCAGUAUGGUGUAUGGCCAAGCCAGAUUGAAGGUCAUUUACAGCAUGCCCACCAUUAUAUAUCGCCGGUGAUCCGGAUUCAACUUGGAGACGAGGUCCGUGGCUGGCCCGAGAUUGCCAUAGAUCCCAUCGAGUUGGAUAUUCCACCCAUCCGAAGCCAGGCUAUCCCCCAGCUGAUCGGUCCAUUAGACGGUUGGCAGUGCCAAUUAUCACCGGGAUCAUGUUUAUAUGUAUGCCCCAGUAUCAGUACCAUGCGGCAACAUUGGUUCAAACAACAUGGUUGGAGCCGGACCUCCCACGUCGGUCAUCCGACUCGAUCCACCAUGCAGACCAUCCAGGAGCAGCAGGAACAGGCGUGUCGACGGGUUUCAUGCCAGCGAAUCUUCCCCCGGAAGACCGGGUCCCAGUAUUUCGCCAUUAUCGAUGAAGAAGAGGACUCCGAUCCCAUUCCCACCACACCUGGAUCCACGAUUUGGGAACAAGCCAGCCGGCAGUACGCCGAGUACGAGAAGCAAGCCGCGGAGCGGAUUCAACAGGGCCAUGUGGAUGAAGCCAAUCCGUGGCUCCGUCGGACGGGCUGGGUGCCGUAUUUGCACUCAUUUUCCAGCACCCAGCUGUUGGAAUAUAUCGACAUGCCCGCCAUGGAUGACGCCGUGAACCACUCCCCCGUGGCCGAUCUCGACGAACAGGCCAUCCAGGCCAUAUGGACGGCCAUGGGCCAGGUGGGACAGAUCAGCCAGCAGUCCGUCAUCCACACCGGCGUGUUCGUGCGCAUGGAAGCCAUCCGGACCGAACGGCAUCAAACCCGGUACCAGCCACUGGAGGCGUAUCAGGAUCCGGAGACCAUGACGGAGCGCGUUGCUCGUCCCCGGAUCCCACCCCGGAGUUCGGGACGGUCGAUGGUCUUGCAACCUGGACAGCGGCGUCCAUGGGAGCUGAGCCCAUCCCCUGGAUCCAGCGAGUCGUCCGGCUCCGACGACGAAUCAUUCACCGACGACGAUGAGAUGGACGAGGAGAUCCACCAUGACCCCGAGCUGGAGAGCUCCAUUCCAGCGGGCUCCAUCCCGGAGAGCUCCAUCCCACCGUUGACCCCCAUCCAGCGGGCGUGUUUGGACUUUUGCAUCGAGCUGUUGAACCAGCGUGUGGUACACCGGGAAUACGACUGCGCAUUGGUGUGUGCCAUGGCCGUGUUGGGCGUUCGCGAUCGAGGUGGAUGGCGGACCCCGGAGGAUUACCCGCCCAUUUUGUCCAAAGUGAUCAAACUGGCCCGGUUCAUGGUGGUCCGGAAAGCCAUGGAACUGGCGGAGAACGAGGACGACGCUGAACCCGCCAGUUCCGUGCAGGAGAACGACUGGGACAGUGCGUACGGAGGAUCCCCAUCCCCCCGUGCCACUCCAUCCAAGAAAGGGUGUUUGCAGUGGGUGACGCAGAUGAUGGACCGGUUCAUGGUGCGUGGAUCCCAGAGCCCAAUGCAGUGGAUGUUGGAUUUACGGACGUAUGGGUUGAAGAUCCAUUACAACACCACCACGGAGGGCCAUGUGACGUGGCAGAAUAGUGAUGAGCUGUUAUAUAAAGAUGUCAAAUUUACAAUGCGGCAGUUCCGUGGCAUGGUCGACCACACGGUGCGGGAUGCACGGCGGAUCUUGAUGGAGGAUUUGCUGCAAUGCACCCCCAAUCAGGUGCCAGUGAUUCCAUGGGAUCAGCUGUAUGACAACCCGUUCAAUGAGGAUCCCCAAUGGAGUUUUCUAUGGCAGCAUAUCCAGGAUCAUCCCCCAUUAUGCCGUCGAUUGAUCCAGGCCGACGGCCACGGCAUUCAGCCCAUCCGCUGGCAGGUAUUCCACCGACGGAUCAGCACGUUUUUGGAGAAGCUGCUGGCGGCGGUCCAAUUCACAUGGGGCCAACCCGCUCGUGCCCCGGAGUUGUUGAGCAUUCGACAUGAGAAUAGCCACGUUGGUGGGAUCCGGAACAUGUUCAUUGAGGACGGCAUGGUGGUAUUGGUGGCGCGGUAUCAUAAAGGAUAUCAGGUGAGUGGCGACGUCAAGAUCAUCCAUCGAUAUUUACCACGAGAGGUGGGUGAGCUCCUGGUAUGGUAUUUAUGGCUGGUAUUGCCAUUUCAACGGCGCAUCGACGCGUGGAUGCAUCAGCGGGAGGACAUCAAUCCCCAUAUCUGGGCCUCCGCGCCGUGGGAACCCACAUGGACCUCGGAACGGGUGCGGCGGAUAUUACAACGGGAGAGCACUGUGGGAUUGUCCGGGCAGACAUUGAAUAUUGCAUCGUACCGUGAGAUUGCCAUUGCAAUCAGCCGCCGAUAUAUGCGAGCAGAACGGGCAUUUGUUCGCCGUGACCCCCAUUCCACCACGGAGGAUGAUUUGCAUGAGGAUGAGGCCCAGAUCAUGGCCCGGAUGAUGGAUGAGCAGGCUGGACACAGCCCCCACGUGGCGGGAGCUGUAUAUGCGCGGGAAACCACCGAACGAGCUGGCGAAGUGGCCGAUCGACGACAACGAUUCCGGCAAAGCAGCCAGGAAUGGCACCAGUUUUUAGGAUUUGCAUCCGCCAUCCAAUCACUGCGUUCCCGCAUGAUCACCCCAUUCCAGGACACGGCCCAGGCUAGUCAGAUCGAGCGAUGGAGCCAUACCCGAGCCAUGGAUCUCGACGAGUCAUUACAGCAGAUGAUGGGACCAUCCGCCACGUUUCGUGGGACCCAGAAAGCCGUGAUUCAGUCCAUCGUCCAGCGGCAGAGUCCCAUUGUCGCCAUCAUGCCCACGGGCGCGGGGAAGAGUUUAUUGUUCAUGUUGCCCGCAUGGAUGAGUCAUGGGGGCACCACCAUUGUGGUCGUUCCAUUGGUGGCAUUACGUGCCGAUCUCCAACAACGAUGCCAGACCUUGGGCAUCUCCUGUGUGGAAUGGGAUUCGCGACGUCCCGUCGAUGGAGCAUCGAUUGUAUUGGUGACGCCGGAAUCCGCGGUGAGCGAGACAUUCCAGACCUUUAUUAACCGGAAGCAGUGGACCAAGGAGCUGGACCGCAUUGUGAUCGACGAAUGCCACAUCAUAUUACAGGAAGGAUACCAGUUCCGGAAGCAGAUGGCGCAGCUGGGUGCAUUGGUCCGCGCGGAGACCCAACUCGUGUUAUUAACCGCCACCUUGCCCCGUGAAAGCGAAGCAUUGUUAUGCCAGCGGAUGUAUUUAGAUUCCCCAACGAUCCAGUGGUUCCGCGGCCGGACCAGCCGGACCAACGUGGCAUAUCAAGUGAUCGAGAUUGGCGCUGGUGAGCCAUCUUGUGAUAUGAGCGAGCUGAUGAUUACGUGGAUUCAGCAGCGAGUUCAGCAGCUCCACGAGGGGAAAGUGGUCAUAUAUACCAAUACCAUUGCCACCGUCCAGCAGAUUGCGCACCAACUGCAAUGUCCGGCAUAUUACAGCCAGGCGGUGGAUAAAAAGGGGAUGUUAGCAUUAUUCCAGAAGCAGAAUCCCGGGGUGAUGGUCGCCACGAGUGCAUUGGGGAUGGGGAUUGACAUUCCCGACAUCCGGCUGGUGAUCCACGUGGGCCGGACGCGGUCAUUGUUGGAUUAUGGACAGGAAAGUGGACGAGCUGGACGUGAUGGGGAUGCCAGCCAGGCAAUCAUGUUAAUUGAUGGUCACGGACGGGGUUGGGAUGAUCCCCCCACGGUGGAUUCGCGGGUGCAGGAAUACAUUGGUGGUGGUCGUCGACGGCGGGCAUUAGAUAUAUAUUUGGACGGGACGGUGGAUGGAUAUACACGGCAGCAGUGUGAGGAUGGUGAGGCGAUGUGUGACCGGUGUCAGAGUAUUAUAGAUCCCGAUCCCGCCAGUCCGAAUGCCAGUCCCAAUCGCUGGCUUAUUGCCCGCCAGAAUAACAGACAGGAAGCCAGUGAUUCGGCCAGUGAUUCGGCCAGUGAUUCGGCCAGUGAUUCGGCCAGUGAUCCAGCCAGUGAUCCAGCCAGUGAUCCAGCCAGUGAUCCAGCCAGUGAUCCAGCCAGUCAUUCAGCCAGUCAUUCAGCCAGUCAUUCAGCCAUCCAUGACAGACCAAACGGCUGCCCAAAGAACCGCCCAAGGACCAGCCAUUUCACCAGUCCCAACAGCCACCAUAUCGCCAUUCCCACACCAUCACCCGGUCCACGCAAACGCGCCAUUUCCCACCAUUCCAUCCCCCCCAUGGCCAAACGUCGGGCCCAUCCCAUAUUCCCGUCGACGGCAUAUUACCAGGGGCCCAUGCAACGACAGACGCAGCACGCGGAGGCGGAUGGACAGGAAAUCGAGUCCAUCCGGGAACCGUUUGACCGGUGGGCCGGGCAAUGUCGAUUAUGCGGGAUGACAGGGCAACCAGCGCACCAUAGGAUUGGCAAUUGUCCCCAUCCACAGGCACAGAUUGCGCAGUCAUGGAUGGACCAGGUGAUCGAACAGGUGGUCCAUCAGCCACGGGGGGCCGGACGGCGAGGGUAUGAGGCAUAUGCGGCAUGUUUUGGAUGCCAUUCCCCGCAGUGGAUUUGCCAACAGUGGCAGAGCAACGGCUACGGUGGUUACCAGAAGACGCACGAGCGGUGUCAAUAUCCCCAUGUGGCGAUUCCGAUCAUGGGACAGUUAUUGCAUGGACCGCAGCGGCAUUCAAUCCGUGUAGCAUGGCAACAGCGAAUGCAGGCCCAGUUCCCCGGGGUGGACAUUGACGAUGAGCGAGGGUUGAUUGGACAUUUCCAACGGCGAUUUGGGCGACGUGGUGAGGAGCGCAGCGGAUUGGUGGUAGAGAUGAAUUGGAUGUGUGAAUUUAUCGAGCGGGAAUUCCCCGCGUGA